AUGUCCCUCGCCAAGAGCUGGUUCGACCACGCCUUCAGAGACCGCGCGGCCACGGAGCAGCUCCUCCGCCCAGAUCUCGAGUCUGGCCUUCUCUCCCAGCACGACUACCAGCUCGCCGUCGACUUCCUUCCCGGUUAUCACCGCUACCUUCCGUACAUUCACACCACCCUCUGGGGCGCCCUCGCCGGCCUUGCUACCUUCCGAUACAGGUCAAGGGUCCGCUUCCCCACAACAGUAGUCACCGUCUCUGCUGUCUCGGGCUACGGUAUCGGCCUCUGGCAUUACUUUCGCUUCCAUAGGCAGUUUGCCCGAGAACUCGAAGACCGCCAAGCGUUCCUCCUUGUCCUGGAGAACGUGAACAAGCGACUGGGCAACCAGAGCACCCUGUUCCCCCAACUCGAUGAGAGGAAGAUGUUCGAAACCAUUAUGAAACGCAAACAGGAGAACGGGGAGGUCCUCUCCGAUGGCGCAGAACUUCUUGCCGACGCCGACCCACCGACAGACGGCGUGGCGCCUUCAGACGCAAUCCGUGCCUCGCCCGCGAAAGAUGCUCCUGCCAGACCAAAGAGUACCUGGGAGGCCAUCAGAGAAGCGAAUGCGCAGAACGCCGGGAAGCAUUCAUCUUGGGACGAGCUACGGCAGCGGCACGAGCGUCGGCGCGUUUCGGAUUCCGGGCGGGAAUCUAUCGAAGACCCUCGCGCACAGGCGCAGAAGGAGUUCGACGCCAUCCUCGAGGCUGAACGGAAAGCGGCUCGGGGCUGA